AUGAAAAAGGCAUUCAGCUCCCGAGGCGAGUCGAAGGACUAUCUAUUCGAGGCAGAAUACGAGCAUGCCAGCAAUGAUUCCGUGUGCGAUCAAUGCGAUCGUGCUAGGCAUGUGCAACGAGACGCCAGGGACGACACCGAUCCGGUGGUACAUUACGGCAACAUAGCAUCGGGUAAUUUGGUCAUCAAGAAUGCCCAGACACGGGACCAGCUGAGCAGGGACCUCGGGGUGCUCUGCUUCGAGAUGGAGGCAGCCGGGCUAAUGCAGGACUUCCCAUGCCUGGUGAUCCGGGGCAUUUGCGACUAUGCUGAUACGCACAAGAACGAAGAGUGGCAAGGGUAUGCGGCCGCGGUGGCUGCGGCAUUUGCAAAGGAGCUUCUUUCGGUUAUACCGCCUGAGCGCGUUCUCCAGGAGAAAGCCAUCCCUCAGCUAGUCUCGGACAGUCUAUCCCCGGCGCUGUGCGCCGUCCUCCACCAGCUCUUUGGUCGGUUGCCCCACCUCCUACAACACGCGAUAAGUUCACUUGAGAAGAACGGCCUGAAGCUCCAGAGUGAGGUUGGCGAGCUGUGGCGCAUCUUUCUGGCCGCCGCCACGGACGAGUCUGCGAAUGCCGUAACUUUGGAGGACGCCUAUGAGAAGAUCUUAGCCAGGAAUGGCCGAGUCGACCAGAAAGAGGCGAAAGUCCUGCUGCAUAUUGUUCUUGGGACUCGACGACCGCUCACAGUCCGGGAAAUGGAUGUGGCAUUCCAGCUAGCCGUGGAAUCGCCAAAUGCCCUACAACAUCAGGAUCUCGAUCUCGAUGGCGACCAGUUAAGGACGCGCAUCCGACAGCUCUAUAUACAAGACAAGGAACUUAAGAGAGAGAAUACCGACAUUUUCUUCUACGACUACCCGCUUCUGGAAUAUUCUUCGGUGAACUGGCCGGCACACUAUCGCGAUAUGGGCGAGGCUGAUGAGGACUUGUUCGAUCGCCUAUACAAUCUCGAGACUGUCAAGCUGCUCUUGGAAGGAGGAGCCAGCCCUUCCCUAAAAGAUAAGGAUGGCUUAGUGCCGAUACACUUGGCAGCGCAGAAUGGCCACGUGGAGGUGAUCCAGCUCCUUCUUGAAGACCAGGCCAGUAUCCGAGCGUUCUCAAAUGAUCACUGGAGUGAUCCUAUUCACAGGAUCGAGGGAAUCCUUGAUACCAUUGGUUAUGGGCCCGAUGAUUUCACACAAUACUCCGAUCUUGAGGAGACCAUUGAAGAGAACAGGUCAGAUGUUGUCGGCCUGCUAUUAGAUCAUGCAUCUACCAACGUCAGCUUGGAAGAUAUUCACGGUGCUUCAACACUCCAUAACGUAUUCUACGACAGCAGCACCGCUUCACAAAUUGUCAGCCGGCUAAUCAAGAAGGGAGCCGACGUCUCUGCACGCAAUCAGCAUGCGACACUGAAGGCCUUAAUGCCCUGCAUUACGCUGCGCAACGUGGCGACAAAGAUAUCAUCGAGCAUCUUCUAG